UCUUUCGGAAAAAAAAAUAUUUUAAAAAACAAAACAUUCAGAAGGAAAGAAAAAGAAGUUGGUGUUGUGAUUGACCGAGUGAUUUCUUUUAUUCUCUUCUUUUUGUGCCGCCCCAUUUCCUGUCCGUCAAAAACUGAAGAUCAAAAUAUACCAAAAACACAGACAUACAUGGAUACAUACAGCUUUCCUUAGCUGUUUUGCCUCAUGUUCCAAACUCCCCAAAAGCAGAAAAGAAAAAGAGAGAAAGCAAAGCUGAAGAUUCCCAUUGCCUUUUCUUUCUUUCUUUGGUUUUUCAUCUGGUCUGGUAUUGGCUUGAUCUGCAUCUGAUUGCUUUGAAUUUUCAUUUGCUUCAACUUUGAGAUUGGAACUGAAAUUAGUAUCUAUAUUCAAUAUCCACCGGAAGUAAAGAAAACAGAGAACAUGGGACUAGUGUUAGAAAUUGGAGUUCAAAUCAGAAAAUUUGCCAUCAUAUCAAAGAGAACAUGUUACAGAUUAGUUGGCAACCAUCCAUUUCUUGUGGGCAUGCUGCUUUUCCUGAUAUUUCUGUACAGAUCAUUUCCUUUUGCGUUUUCUCUUUUGGUAUCUACAUCCCCUGUUUUAGUCUGCACUGCUGUCCUUCUGGGCACCCUUUUGAGUUUUGGCCAACCCAACAUACCCGAGAUCGAAAAGGAAGAGAAGCUUACCCACGAUAUUGCUUCUCUUAAAACUGGGGUUUCAAGGGAUGACACUUUUGUUGUGGAUAGAGAUGGCAGCUUUUCCACAGAGAGAUUCUCAGGAAAGACAAGGGAUAUUGUCAGUAGUGAGGUUGAGGAUCAUGAUCCACAGAGAGAUUCUAAGGUCAGUAGUGAGGUUGAGGAUCAUGAUGGUUCCUCUGUUUAUGUGCCACUUAUCAAUGAGAAUUUGAAGCACACUCAAAAUGAGAAGAGAGUGAUUGAGGGUGUGGAGAGAGAAUUAGACAGUCUGGAGUUGGAUAACCAGAGGAACUCUCAUGAUGAAAGAUUGGGGAUUGAAGGAGUUGAAUGGGAUGUCGAAGCUGUUGAGCAGCAGUAUACUUUGGUUCAAACAGUGGAAGAUGAUAUAUCUCCCCGUGAGUCUUGCAGGGCUGAUCACUUGGAUUCUUCUCUGGGUGUGGGUGGCGGUGGUGGUGAUGAUGAGGCUGACGAAGAUGUCAAUGAUGAGGCUUCAGAUUCCGAGUCAGAUCGGGCGGAGAGUUCCUCACCAGAUGCUUCAAUGGCUGACAUCCUUCCUAUUCUUGAUGAGCUACACCCGCUUUUAGACUCAGAAGCUCCAGAGCCUGCUCACAUGUCCCAUGAUGAGUCUGAGUCUGAUAGGAGCAAUGCUGGCAGUGUUGAGUCAGAUAAGGAAACUGAAAACCUCAGCGUAGGAGUACAAGGGGAUGAUGGGGUUGAUUAUAAUGACGGUGAUGAGGAAGAAGCACAGGGUGGGAAGGAGGAUGAAAGCGAAUCUGCAAUCAUCUGGACAGAGGAUGACCAAAAGAAUCUCAUGGAUUUGGGGAAUUUGGAGCUUGAAAGGAACCAACGCUUGGAGAAUCUUAUUGCAAGGAGAAGAGCAAGGAAAAGCUUCAAAAUAACGGCUGAGAAGAAUCUAAUAGAUUUUGAUAGUGUGGAUCUUCCCUUUAAUAUUGCACCAAUCUCAACAAGAAGACACAACCCAUUUGAUCUUCCAUAUGAUUCCUUUGAUAACUUGGGGUUACCACCCAUUCCUGGGUCUGCUCCAUCAAUUUUGUUGCCAAGACGAAACCCCUUUGAUCUUCCUUAUGAGUCAAAUGAAGAAAAACCUGAUCUCAAGGGAGACCAUUUUGAGCAAGAGUUUAUGGCAUUUCACUCCAAGGAUGCAUUCUUCCGUAGGCAUGAAAGCUUCAGUUUGGGACCAUCCAGCUUAGGUCAUGCCAAGCAAGAGAGGCAAGAUUUUAAGUGGAGACCUGUUUUUGUACCAGAACGGUUGGCUUCAGAAGGAACAAGCAGUUCCUCAUUUCAAAGACAAUCAAGUGAAGUUAGUGAUUCAAAGUUGAGUUCUCUUCCUGAUACUGAAUCAGUCAGUUCUGCAGCAGAUCUGGAUGAAAGGAAGUUCAGUGAGCAGGACUUUACUAAAGAAGCAGAAGUGAUAUCCAACAUUUACCAUGCUCCUGAUCUUGUUGAGCAUGAAAGUCAUUCCUCGGAAGAUGUAGAUUCUCUGGAUAUGGAACAGGCUGGCAAAAGGGAUGUUCAACAUGAUGAGCCUGAAAUAAAAUUGGGGGAGUUGCAAAAUCCAGAUCCAAGCUUGUCUGGUACAGGGGGUGUAGCCAAUAUUGUGGAACAUAUUUCUAAUGAAAUUCAUUUGAAACCAGAACCAGUUGAAGAGGACAAAACCAGUAGGUCAAGCUUGUCAUCAUUGUCAGAAGUAGAUGAAAAUAUUUCAGAUGUGAUGAAAGGUGGAUCGACAAGUUUGGAGGCAGAAGGUGAUAUCAUCAAGGAGUUUGUAAUUUCACCGCAACCUUCAAUUGAGGAGUCGGAAGUCCAAUUUAUGAGCAGGGCGGUGGAUGACAAUGAACAUAAAGAGCCAGUCUAUGACUCAAGUCCCCUACCAACUGAAAAGAUCCUUUCCUUUAACUCUAUCUCUUCUGAUAUGCAAGCCGAUAUAUCUGAAAUGGUUACACCUCAGGCAUCAACUGAAAUGUAUGUUCCGUUUGUAGACCAGGAUUCUGAAGCCCCUGGUGAGAGCACGGAGAAGGGUACUUCAGGCUAUGUAGAGAUAAAUGGUUCCACCUCAGAAGUACAUGCAUCAGAUGAAAUUGAAAGAAGCUUGGGAACAUGCAACCAACUCAACUUAGCAUGUCCUCACUUAGAGGAAGAGAUCUAUCUCCCUAAGAAUUUAAAUGUGAAGACAGCUUCAUUGGAUUCUAGUUAUCAAUCUGUUCUUUCCGAAAAAAUGCCAUCAUCUGAACAGGAGAAAGUUCUUUCCUGGUCGGAUAAAUCCAUGGUUGAACCAUGUUUUGAUGAUCAUGCGGAAGCACUUGUUGUUAAUGAAGAAGUAGAUGACGUAAAGGAGAUUGAUGCAGGGUUGCUGUCAGAACUGGAUGCAGUUGGGGACUUCAGUGUCAAAGAAGUUGGUGAGCCACUCCAUACUGAUGAGCCCAUACAAGAGGAAGCAAAUGUUUCAAGCACUGAAUUUGGGGAUUCAAACCUGUCAGAAUCGAACCUGGAGCUACUAGUUCCUGAAACAAGAUCGAUUGAAUAUGUUGACAUGGCUUUUAAGCAAAUUCAAAAGGGACUCGACGUUGAGGAAGUCAUUCUUCCCAGGAUUGUUGACAAUCAGCGAGAGGUGGAAGCAUCCGAAAAUAAUGUCCAGACCAGUUCAGAGUUUCCUAUUGUCGAAGCAAGAUCUUUGGAAGAUAUUGUCACUACUUUAAAUCAAGUUUCAGAAAGUAGUGUUAAUGUGCUCCCACAGCUGAUGGAUUCAGAGGAUCAGUCAACAGAAUUACCGUUGGAAUAUAUUCAUACUGUCUUGAAGCAAAUCUCAGAAGGUGAUAGUGUUGGUGAGCUUCCAAAUCCAUCAUAUUCAAAUGAUGGGUCAGAAGAAGUAGGAACUACUGCACUGGGUUCUUUAGAGGAGAUUGCAUCAAGAAAUAUAGUAUCAAGUGUUCAAGAAAAUAUCACUGCACAUGAUGCUUUGGAGCAAGUCUCAGAAAGUCAUGUUGAUGAGCCACCAAAACCAACAUCAAAUUCAGAGGGAUUAGAAGAAGUUGGAAUUAAUGCAAUGGGUUCUAUGGAGGAGAUUGCGUCAAGCAAUAUAGUAUCAAGCGCUCUAGAAAACAUCAGUACUCAGAUUGCUUUGAAGCAAGUCUCAGAAAGUCAUGUUGAUGAGCUACCAAAACAAACAUCAGAUUUAAAGGAGGGAUUAGCAGAAGUAGGAACCACUGCAAUGGUUUCUACCAACGAGAUUGUAUCGAGCAAUAUGGUAUCAAGUGAACAAGAAAAUUUUACUACUCAUACUGCUUUGAAGCAAGUCUCAGAAAGUCAUGUUGAUGAGUUGCCAAAACCAACAGAAAAUUCAAAGGAGGGAUUGGAAGAAGUAGGAGAUGCAAUGGCUUCUUCUACCAAGGAGAUUGCAUCAAUUACUACAGAACCUGGUGUUCAGGAAGCUAUAACUACUCCUACUGCUUUGAAGCAAGUCUCAGGAAGUAAUGUUGAUGAGCUGCCGAAAUCAUCAAAUUCACAGGAUGGAUUUGCAGAAGUAGGACCAAAUGCAAUGGACCUACCGAUUGAGAAUAUAAGACACAAAAACUGAAGAAUGUGUUUGGCGGUUUGCGACUUUGGUCUUCCAAUUUUCUUCUGCAACAGGCUCUUUCUGUUUUUUCCAGUGUGAUUAUAAUCAUGUUAUGGUAAGUGGUAGUUUCUUUCGGUGAUUAUUUGAUUGAUUGAUUUCUUCAAGAAUGAGUUUUUGGUUUGAUUUCUUGAAGUGUGUAAUUUCUUGUUUUGAUCCUAACGUUGUGAGAGUUGAGUGAAAGGUUGGCCUUGAUCAUCAGUAUUGUAAAUUAUAUUUUGCAUGUAAAAAUUGAGGAUCUCAUAUUUUCUAGAUAUGUAUUGGGCUAGUUUCAUCUCUCUCUUAUUUUUGAA